CUGGGGUGUGUUCCAUUCCGGUUGGUUUGGGGCUGGUGUUUAAAUUAAUUUCCAAUCCAAGCUCGGCGCAAGGAAAAACAUAGAAAUACAUAUAAGUUAUAGGAAAAGAGUAAACUUGCUGCUUGGGUGAUGUAAUUCCUACAAGGUUUCUCAACUAAACAGGAGUGAAUUUAGGAGAAUUCAGCCAUGUUUCGAUAGAGUUGUGCUUGUCUUGAGAUUCUGUCUUGAAAACUUUAAGUCCUUUCAAAGUCCUGAAAUAAUAUUUAAAUGUUGUGGUUAUACUGGUUAUUUUCAAAUUUGACCCUGAUCAACACUCCUUCCGCUUACAAGAUUUCACAGGAUUCCGUCUUAAAGCAACAGCUUCCACUCCAGCUCUCAUCAAUUGAACCAUUUGUUCCAGCAACAACUACAGCAAACGUGUACGCCGGUGUUUGUGUACGUGCUCUGCUGCAAAUCGUAACGCAGCAGCAAUGUGUGUGGCGCAUGCAGAUCUUCCACCUACCCAGUCAGUCGAUUGCGAAAUCCGUAAAAUGGUGGCUGCACUUCUUGCGCAGGCUGUAAUGCAUCAAGCUGCGAGAAGGAGUGCUGUGUGUGUGUGUGUGGAACGCAACCAGCGCGAACCUCAUUUGGCUUACGGUUGCAUUCACCAUAAUCUACACGGGAGUAAAGUUUGCUGGUGCGAGCGCAGCGCGAAACCAGAUCGCAACGACGAGUUUCGUUUUUCUCGACCGCAGCAACAGGAGGAGUUUUCCCGGAAGGUUAAGGUGACUGUUCUCCCUCAGUGAUAAUUGAGCGAUUUCUUAGGAACCAAUUUCUCAUCGAUGAUAAAGCUCAGCUCAUCCGAUUGUCAUCAAGUUGUUGUCGCCGCUGUUGGAUCGGGUGCGAAGACGUGCAAGCUGUGUUUUCGAGGAAAAUGCGGUGACUUGUCCCCCAUCACCGCCGUGAUGGGGAAAGAUAUUGGGAUUAAGAUCAACAACUAAGGCAAAGUGACUAGUGCUGUGCAGUGUUGCCAGGCAAAAGUUGGCAGUGGGUGGUGGGGUACUCAAGUAUCGAGUUUUCGGUUGCAAGUAAUCGGAUUUUUCCCCUCCCCGGCCAACCCUUUGGCUUGGCUGACUGCUUGCACCGGAUAUUGGAAAAGUUUUGAUCCUAAGAAGAUUAUGAUAAUGAAUUUUUCCUCUCGCAAGUGCAUCCCGAGGGAGGACCACUUUUCUAACCGCUUGCGAGAAGCGUAAAAAUGUUCGUCGUGUGACAAACCACGUCCUAGGACUCUUGCGGUCAGCUUCUGGAGAGAGCUGGAUUGGAUGUGAACGUAAUAAGGAGGUCAUCGGUGGUCUGUAAUUUCCUGACAAAGGAGCUUCUUCAA